AUGCCGCUCACCAUCCUCUCCCAAUCGCAGCUUCGGAAGCUGCUGCUCUCUCUCACCCGGGAAGAGAUCCUCGAACUCCAACGGAGCCUCUCUGAAGCGCUCCGAGAAUACUCCACCGGCUCCCAGGAUCAGGGUUGCUCAGCUACCUAUCAGCCGCAGCGAACUGCAAUUACUCGCUCAAAUGGUUGCACCACACUCUUCAUGCCCGCUACCACGGGUAAGACGCUGGGGAUCAAGAUGAUCUCCCUGCAGGACGGUGGCACCGCGGGGUGUGCCGUAGAGCGUGCGGGUUUCGACAUCCCCGAGGGCGAGCCGACAUCUUCUCGAUCCCGAGGAGGCUCUGUGCGAAACUCAGUGGCCUCUCUCUCGUCGGAGAUGAGCGAUUUGUCUGUCGGGUCGUCCCAUGAGGAUGAUAGCUCGAUCAGCCCCUCCGUCACCACGGCAAGCAGUGGCGGGGCCGACAGCGCUGAUAGUUCGACGCUUCUGACUGGCUGCGUGAAUCAGCUACCAGUCACGGGAAAGGUAUCAGCAACCCUGGGGGCCUGGCCGGGGGCGGGCACUCGCGACACCUCACCUAGAGGAAGCGUGACUCUCCUGGAUGCAGAUUCACUUCCAUUCGGGUUGAUCAAUGCUCACGAAUUAACGGCCUUCCGCACUGCGCUGGCAUCACUGAUGCUUUUCAACAAGCGCAAGAAGGUGCGAACUCUACUGGUGUUUGGGGCUGGUACCCAAGCAUACUGGCACAUCCGACUGGCUCUUAUUCUGCGUGGCAAUGAGAUCCGGCGCGUUUACAUUGUCAACCGCUCCUUCGAGCGUGCUGCUGAGCUCCUCCGCAAUAUCUACUUGCCUGAGAACACGGAGUGGCGCCGCGAUGUAAAGUUCUCGGCCAUGAGCAGUGACUUUGGCGAAUACAACCGCAUUUUGAAGGAGCAUGUUCGCAAAACCGAUGCUAUCUUCUGCUGUACCCCGUCCUCUACAUCUCUCUUCCCAGCAGAGUUUUUGACCUCUCGAGAGGGACGCCAGAAAGGUCGUUUCAUCUGUGCCGUGGGCUCUUACAAGAAACAUAUGAGUGAAAUCCACCCCGAUAUCCUCCGAGACGAGGUCAAUGUCACGCCGCCCCACCGUCACUUUCACAAGCAUACACGACGCAGCGGGGUUAUCGUCGUGGACAGUCUAGACGCAGCCAUGAAGGAGGCUGGCGAGAUCAUCCAGGCCGGGAUUAAACCUCACCAGGUCGUCGAACUCGGCGAACUGAUGAUGGUACGCCACGCCGCCCGCAAAGCCAGUGAGACAGACUCAGUGGAAUCAGCAGAUGAAGAGAAGAGCCUGCGCGAUUGGGUGGAGCGGGGGAAUGUCAUCUACAAGAGCGUCGGGCUGGGCCUGAUGGAUUUGGUGACGGGCGGAGAUCUCGUGCGUCUUGCUCGGGAGCGAGGAUUGGGUACAACAGUGGAGGACUUUUGA